ACGUAUUCGGGGGCAAGCGGCAAAUUCGCAGCUUUCGACGGCCACGGCCGAUGAUCCGGCGAGCGAGCAGCCGCCUCCUCCCGGCCGUCCCUCACCACACGCCCCCGCCCCGCCGCGCCCUCGCGGCCAGCGCGGCGCUGCAGUGGCUCGACGACGAGCUCACCUCGCUCGUCCUCCCCGAACCCAGGCCCGUGCCCGGGGUCGACGCGCACGCGUGCGCCAGGCUGCUGCAGGGCUGCUUGGCGCGCGGCGACGCCCGCGGAGGCCGCGCCGUGCACGGCCACGUCGUGCGUAGCGGCGUCCUCGACCUCGACAUCUUCUGCGCCAACGUCCUCAUCAACCUGUACGCCAAGCUCGGGCCCUUGGCCGGCGCGCGCAGGGUGUUCGACGCCUUGCCGGAGCGGAACACGGUGUCCUUCGUCACGCUUCUCCAGGCCCACGCGCUGCGCGGGGAGUCCGAGGCCGCGGCGGCGCUGUUCCGGAGGCUGCGGCGGGAGGGGCACGAGGUGAACCAGUUCAUGCUCACCUCCGUGCUCAAGCUGGUCGUCGCCAUGGACGACGCUCUGGGGCUCUCCUGGGCCGUGCACGCCUACGCGUGCAGGCUGGGCCACGACCGGAACGCCUUUGUCGGAUCCGCGCUGGUCGACGCCUACUCCAUGUGCGGGGCUGUCGGCGACGCAAGGCGCCUGUUUGAUGGCAUCGUGGGUAAGGACGCCGUUCGCUGGACAUAAAAGAGCACUCUUCGUUCGGCCGAAUCAUGUACCAGGUUGGCAUCAAUCAGCACGGUAAUUUGCAAAACAAAA